GGCUGUUGUGGCUGCUUGGGUUGACGAUUGUUCUUCUUCGGUUCGUUGUUCUUCUCCCGUCUCCUUUUCCGCUUCGUUUUCCUUUUCCUUUUCCGUCUCCUUCGCCUUGUUUUCGAGUUGCGGGGUGCUGCGCUUUUCUUCAGCUUGGUGUUGAUCUUCCGUCUCCCCGUUCACUUUGGGUUCCUGUUCUUCCUUUGCUUCCUUUGCCUUUGCCUUCGCCUUCGCCUUCCCCUUCCUCGAUCUGGUCCCCUUCUUCGACCUGGUCUUCAAUUUCGCUUUCAAUGUCGGUUCGGCCUCCUUGGGCGCGACUGUGGCUUCCUCUUCACACUUCUCCUCCUGUACCGGCGUGGGUGUUUCGGUCUCUUGUUCGACGACCGCGGCUUGGGGUUCGUGGCGGCGGGGUGGAGAAGGGCUGGGUUCGCUGGCCGGUCGCUGGACGGAGGGGAUUUCUGUUCGAGAAUUGGCAGGUUAGGAGAUGGUGCAGUGACGGGAGGGGAAAAAGAGAUAUAUAUAUUCUAGCCAUACCUUCAUCAAUGUCUCCCUCAGAUUUGACUUCGGCUUCCACCUCCACUUCCACUUGGGCUUUCGCCUGUUCACUUUCGUUUUGGGGCUCUUCAAGCUUUGCAGUCUCAUUAUCCUCUGUAGUCGCCUCUGCCACCCUAACGGGGACUUUGGCCUGCUCCUUCACCGUCUCAGCCACGAUUUCCUCGGCCUCUUCCGUCGCGACAUCGAUGGUCGCAGACGCGUCACCUUUAGCUGUAAUGCUAUCCUGCGCUUCAGGCUCCUCGACCUCAUCGUACUUCUCCUCCGCAACCUCGUCCAUCGGCCGCUUCCGGGGACUGCUUGCACGCGAAUCUCUACCGUGUCCGCUGAACGCGCCGAAAACGCGACCGAGGAUGGAGCCGGUCGUGGACGGAUUGGUAGACGGAGGCUCGGGGGCGGCGGCGGGAACGAUGACCUCCAUCGGAGCCAUGGGCGCGACGGGCGCGGAAUGGAUAUCGCCGAACAUGGGAUCGUGGGAGGCGGCGCGUCGCGGGGAGGUCGCGGGUAUUAAGGGGCGCCUCAAAGGUGGGGGAGGGGUGGCAGCGAGGUGGUCGGAUUUGAAUCGCUUUGAGGCGCGGGCUGAUUGUGUGACGCCUGGGACGGGGGCGGCGGCGGCAGCAGGGGGCCCGGAGGAUGACGGCGAGGCGGGGUCCGGGGCGUCGAUGAAAUGGAGAGCGCCGUUCUUAAUGGUGACCUGUUUCUUCCUAGUCGCCGGGGCGGCGGGAGUCGAAGCCCGGUUGGCCGUGAGAGUGGGCGAAUUGCUUAAUCUGGCCAUGAAGCUGAUUUCCAAGUCGCGUCCUGACUGUCUGUGUUGUGUCUGGGCCGUUGGUUCGGUUGACAGUGGGGGGCGAUUCACUUGAGAUUGUGAGGAGGUCUGCCCAGCCUUCGGAAGCAACAGGACACGCGACUGGGGGAAUGGAGGCGUGUGUCGAUGGUCGAGGAGGGUGGGGAGGGUCGAGAAGGGUCGAGUACAGUCGAGGAUGGUGAGACCUAAAGGUCGAUAUUACGCGCAAGUCCGGGCCUGAAUGGACGACGAAAACUCAGGCAAGAAACAAAGGAGAAAACAGAAGAAUUUGACAGACGAUAGAUGUUAUGAAAGGUCGAUUCGCUUCGACCUUUGCGACCACGCGAUUGUUAUUGACUUUUUUGGCGACGAAGGAAUGAAUUUGUCGAGAUGAUGCUCGGAAUACACGUAGAAAGCGGGAGAUGGUCCGGGCAGGUCACGGGAACAUGAUGCGACGACGAGGAAGAUUAAUCACCCUUUUUUUCUUC